AUGUUUACAGAAAACAGCUGCUUAAAUAGGCACUUAGGAGGAAUUAAAACAACAUUUUUUAUGUCCCAGCGUGAGUGUGUCUCUGUCUGUGUGCAAGUGUGCGUGGGCUGGCGAUUUGGGCACCUACACAGACAAACUCUUUGUUUUGGAAGUGUUCGCUUAAGUCUUCGGGGGCAAACAGGAGCCAAAAACAACGUGGGAAAUGGACUCUUGCUUCAUUUCUGCCUUCUCUCCGGGCUUUUCCUUUGCGCUCUCUCUGUCAGACUGGUGUUCAGCUGGACUUUAGAGCGGUACCUGAGGCGUGCAGAAGUUUGGAGAGACCAAGGGACUGGUUUGGAGAGGAGAGAAGUCGUAAUGGGAACCGAGUGGCAGCUGACAGCCAAACCAAGCUGUCUGUCAUCCCUUUCUCCUUCCCCGUCUCAUCUUUUAACACGUACACAUGUUGUCAACAGGAGACCAGCACACAACCAAGCCUCUGCACAGGUGGUCUCUAUGGGGAGCCAGUGGCCUGCAGUGCAGAACAAGCAACCACACUGGCAGAAGCAGAAUUCACUGUGA